UGUGAUUUCUGUGGAUUCGAAUAAUGUUUCGAUUAUGAAUUGGGUCGUGCGGGAUGUGCUGAUUCUGUAAAAUCGAUUCAUAUCGAUACGUGACAAUUUGGUGAUCGAAAUUAAUAACAAACAAUGCGUCGUCUGAAGCGGCCAUGUCUCGAUACGUGUUCAUUAUCGCGCUUUUAUUUGCGAUAGAACAAUUUUGCAAAUGUGCUCCACCACCAAUGCGUUUGACGAUCGACUGUAGUUCUGAUGAAGAGAAUUUCUUCCCAAUGGUAAGCUCUUCUUCAGCAGAAGCCUUUAGCAGUUCGCACUUUGACGUCGAUUCCUUUUGUGCAAUGAUACAAAGAGCUAUUCCCAAAGCGGUGAAAGACGGAAGAUUUCUUCCUAGCUCACAGGAUUAUGAUAUGGUUGGCCAUGCUGACUCCCAAUCACCAAUAGCCAUAUCACCACCUAAAGGUUUCAUACCUAAUUUAGGUUUAAAUAAAUUAAGAACAUCCAAAUUGGGUAUACCGAAGAUAAACGUACCAAAAUUAAAACCAGUUACUCGCAAAUUAGGAUCAGCGCCAUCUAUAGGUGCAGCAAUGCCGUUUAAGUCAUUGAAGGUUAACAUUCAAGAGGAAUCUAGCGCGGAGAGAAUGGAAAAGUUCAAAAAAGGAGUACAGAAGUUACUGCACGUUGUUAAAGUGUUGGGACAGAUAGAUCAGUAUCUUUCAGAUAGAACUCGAAUUGUAGUCGAAAAAUUGUCUAAGACGUUUGGUGAUUAA